AUGGUCGAGAUCACAGAUCUGACAUAUGCCAUGGUUCAUCGACGCGACAUUGACCAAAUUCACUGCAACGAAACUUCCAUUUCGGAAGAAGCUCCGUCGAAGACAUUCAUGAAAAUCCGCCUUGUGAGACGCCGUCCACAUUUACUGAAGGCAAAGGCGACAGCCCCUAUUCCAGGAAUGUCUACAGAUGAGCAUACCGCACUGGCUCUCCAACGACCCAUCAGAAGAGCAAGCCAAUUUGCCGAACCUCUCUUGGGGGAGAAGAGUUGUGGUGAUCCAGGCCUACGUGAUGACGCCUACCCUGGAGUGCGAUGGGCGGAGGAGGCGGUGAUUAUUGGCCGUUUAGGGAGGGAAUCGAAUUUCACCGAGCUGACGGAAUUCAUCCGAAACCGUGCCAAGGUCGCUAGCAGUCGCUCCGGACUCGCCAGCAUGAGUAGGCAAGAAGAGAAACAUCACGUCAAAGAACGAAUUUACGAGAUUCUGAGAAGUUCUAGAAGCGCAAACAACUAUGCAGCAGUAGGGGAACGUGGCACACCCAGUUGCUCUAUGUAUCGUUUAAAUCACGAGUUAUCCGCGUGUGAGAAAUUUGUGCAACUAGAAGUUCCGGACCGUUGGUAA